ACUUAGCGAAACGACAGGGCUCCUGAAAAAUAGGCAAAUUCUUCUUCCUCCGCCAGCAACACCGCAGAGUAUAUUUAUAAUUGCUCAGUGCGUUUUGGUUGGGUAAACGAAGCACAAGCCACGACGCCGUAGGUGAAAUCACUAACUGAGUACAUUUCUCGCCAGGCAACUCACACGUAAUCGAUGCAGGAAUUAGGCGAAAAUAUUCAGCAGGUGCACAAUGAAAAGCUGGGCAGGCACUUGGUGGCCGCCAUAAGCAUCGAACCAGGAGAGACAUUGCUGGAGGAACGGCCCUUGCUGGUGGCUCCCCACUGGGAGUGUCAGCAACUCAAGUGCGCCCAGUGCCUGCAGGAGUCCUAUGUGAUGUGCCGGAGGUGCCAGGUGUUUCCGCUAUGCAUGGACUGCAGCCAGCACGAUGAUUUCGAAUGCGAGUUCUUCGCCAGCGGAGCAGGCAAAGCCAUCUGCAAGGAUAUCCUGGUGAAGCACUAUGGCAUUUGUGGACUGCUAAAACUGCUACUUCUACUGGACAAUCCUGGCACAAGAGGCGACUGCCAAAUGCUCUUGGAGACACCAGUAAAUCUCAGCGAUUACCGCGACGGAGAAGGAAUGUGGCAGGAGCACGAGGAGCAGGUGGUGCGCCCACUGAUGGAGAGUGGCCUGCUCGACGUUCUUCCCACCCAGCAGUUGACCUCGGAUAUCCUGCACGCCCACUGCAUCCGCAUCGACAGCAAUUCCUUCGAGGUGACCGCCAGGGAUGGCGAUACUCUGAAGGGAGUCUUCGUGUGUGGCGCCAGCUUGCCACACAACUGCGUGCCCAACACGGUGGUGGCCUUGGACGAGCAGUUCAACAUGAAGCUGUAUGCGGCUGUUCACCUGCAGCCGGGUGACAUAAUCUUCAACUCCUACACCAAUCCUCUGAUGGGCACCAGCCAGAGACAACACCAACUGCGACUCAGUCGGAGACUGGAGUGCUCCUGCUCCCGCUGUCUGGAUCCCACUGAGAUGGGCACACACAUGAGCAGCAUGAAGUGUAGAGAGUGCAGCGGGUUUUCCGUUUGCGAGAUAGAUCCAAAUGGGAGACUGGGAGACUGGCGAUGUCCGGAUUGUAAAGCUCUGCUCACCGCUGCCGAAGUCCACGAGCUCCAGGCGGAGGUGGGCGCAGCCUUGGUCGAGGCCAGGGGAGAGCUGCAGGUCUACGAAUCCCUUCUGACCCAGUAUGGACCACUGCUCCAUCCCAAUCACUUCAUGUUGCUGGACAUCAAGCAAAACAUUGCCAGCAUCCUGCGAGCGGCGGCCCUGAUGAACUCCAUGGAGCAGCCGUGCAAGAAGCUCCUGGCUCGCCGCGUGGAACUCUGCUCCGAUCUGCUGCCCGUCUGCAGGGCGGUGGUGCCGGGCAUUUCCAAGCUGUACGCCAUUGGCCUGUUCGAGUAUCUACUCGCCUUGGUGGAGCUGGUGGAACUCCAGUUUGCCGAAAGUGAUCUGGACAAAAAGGAGUAUGUGGCCCACUUAAGGACCGCCAGUUUGGCGGCCAAGGAAGCGAUGGACCUACUCCGCUUUGAGCCAGAAAACUCCGCAGAGGGCUACCUUUCCGACCGGAUUUCCAUGGAGCUGGAGCGUAUUGAGUCCGAUUUGAAGAAAUACGGCAGAUAGUUCCCUACAUGUGUUAACUUGAUUGUUGGAUGCGAUUCGCGGCACUGCAGCGACGAUUUUAAAUUUAAAUUAGAUUAGACUAGACUAGGCGAAUGGAAGCAAUGCUCUCCCUUCAGAUGAUGCGGCUGCCAGUUUUACAUUGUGUGCCGGCGACACGGUUCAACGUUUGGUUGG